GACAGGCUGGAGACAGAGGUGUACCGCACAGACACCCCGUUAUACGGCCGCCUGCCACGGGCACGGGAACAGCGAGUGACUCUAAACUGCCACGGGAGAACUGCAAGUGACUCGCAUCUAAAUACUUUGGGACAGGCUCCCUUGGCGUGAUGGCCCUCCCCCAGCUGUGUGUGCCUAUCCUCGCCCUCCUCGCCCGCCUCGCCCUGAGGGCCCUGGCCUGCCCCGGCGGGUGUCGCUGCUACAGUCUGACGGUGGAGUGCGGCUCCAUCAGCCUCAGAGAGAUACCGUCAGGCGUUCCGCCCACCGUGCAGACACUGUUCCUCCAGGACAACACCAUCGGUCAGAUCCGCCUGCAGGACCUGUCCCGCCUGGGCCAGCUGCACUACCUCUACCUGCAGAACAACAGCAUCUCCGCCCUCGAACCCGGGGCCUUCCGCAGCCAGGCCCAGCUGCUGGAGCUGGCCCUCAACGGGAACCGCAUCCACCUGGUCACCGCUGACGUCUUCCAGGGCCUGGAACACCUGCGGAUCCUCUACCUGGCCGGGAACCAGAUCACCCGGCUGCAGGACCACACCUUCCGCGGCCUGCAGCGUCUACAGGAGCUGCACUUGCAGGAGAACAGUGUGGAGAUGCUGGGGGAGCAGGCUCUGGCGGGGCUGUCCUCCCUGGCACUGCUGGACCUCAGCCGAAACAACCUACGAACCCUGCAGCAGGCCUCACUGCGCCCCCUGGUGAGCCUGCAGGUACUGCGCCUCACAGACAACCCGUGGCGCUGCGACUGUGCUCUACACUGGCUGCGGGGGUGGAUCGGGGGGGAGGGCCAGCGGCUGCUGAGCUCGGCGGAGCGGCGACUGGUGUGCGCGGAGCCGCCGCGGCUGGCCCACCGCAGCCUGGUGGAGGUUCCCGCCAACAGCCUGGUGUGCAUCCCGCCCGUGGUGCAGCUGGAGCCCAGCCACCUGGCGGUGCGGCUCGGGGAGAACCUGCGCGUGUCCUGCCAGGCCUCGGGCUACCCCCAGCCCCAGGUCACCUGGAGGAAGACCAGCCUGGGCCGCGCCCACGCGUCACCAAAAGGCCUGGUGCGAGAGGGCGGGGCGGUGGGAGGGGCGGCGGUGGGGCGGGGUGGAGGGGUGACGGCCCGCCCCGGCGGGGAGGGGGGCGGGGGCGGGGAGGGUGAGGCGGACCGCUUCGACCCCGACACGGGCAGCGGGAUGCUGUUCCUUAGCAACGUUACGGUGGCGCACGCCGGCCGCUACGAGUGCGAGGCCUGGAACCCCGGCGGCGUGGCCAGGGUGACCUUUCACCUCUCCGUCAACAUGUCCUCCUCGUCCUCCUCCUCUUCCUCCUCCUUGCCCGGCUCCUCCUCCUCCUCUGGGCCCCGCCCCCCCCCAGCCCGCCCCCCGGGCGCGGAGGUGAGCCGGGAGCCGCUGUACGACCUCGAGAGCAUGGACUUCAACGCGCUGAGCAUGGCCACGCAGACGGCCAUCGCCGUGGGGAUCUCGCUGCUGGCGCUCACCGCCCUGCUGCUUCUGGCCAUGAUCUACAGCCGCCGCCGGAGGCGCGAGAAGGGCCCGCAGGAGGAGAGCAUCCUGUACGUCAACGACUACUCUGACGGCCCCACCACCUUCGCCCAGCUGGAGGAGUACCGCGAUGCCCGCGGCCACGAGAUGUACGUGCUCAACCGCAGCAAGCCCGUCUUUCCACCCACCCCCCAGGGGGAGGCGCCCUCGCCCUCGCCAUCGCCCCCCGAGCCCCCGCCGGACCCGGCCACGCUGGCGGCGGGUGGGGCGGGGCCGAGGCGGGCGGGGGAGGGCAGGGAGGGGCCGCCGGCGGUGGACUCCGAGGCCCUGUUCCUUGGACAGAGCCUGCUGUUCGACACGCAGAUGGCCUACGAGAUCCACUGCUGAGGCGUGCGUGUGUGUUUGUGUGUGUGUUGAGGGGGGGGCAAGUACCUACAGGACACCCCCAUGCUCCCCAGUUUUCCAGCUCUGGCUUCAAAUCCCCCUCCCUCCCUACGGGUGAUGAUCUGGCAGCGCCCAUCACAGCUGGGCGUAGCAGGACCCCCCGCCCUACGUUCCGGAAGCCCCUCUCAGACUGCAGGACUCACACAGGCCUCUCUCUGUUUUAACUGCCUUCCCAGGCAGGGAUGGACAGACGGACGGUGCAGCGAUUGGCUGUGAACCCGUCCAAUCCUGACGCUGACCGUCGAAGCAAACAACAAAAGCAGGACAAAAAACGGCCCUCGUCAUCUGGUGGCAAACUCGGUGAGACAUUGGCAUGUGGACUCCAUCACCAGCCUGUCUUUCCUCCUCUGUGUCUUACUCCAAAAAGCCUCUGAAAGACAAGCACCG